GAGAGAGAGAGAGAGAGAGAGAGGGCCAUCAACGACGAGUAGACGCCAGAGAACAGUAUCCGGCAGACGGCGGCAGUUCUGAUAGGGAAAAGGGGUCUUCCCAAUGGAUACCUCCAAAUCGGCAGAGGCACCACAACAAUCUGGCGAGGCUGCAUCGUCUAUAAUUUCAUCAACACAAGCAGAGCAAGGGGUAAGUAUGGCUCAGCAAAAUGAGGUCCCAUCGCAUUUGAUUUCAUCUUCACAGGCAGGGCAACAGGAAUUUGCACCGCCACCGACAUGGUUCCAUGGUGUAUUUCCUCUGCAAAAUGGUCUUUGGGGUGCUCAAAUCAAUUCCAUUCCGUUGGGAACGUUUAUGUCCGAAAUAGCCGCAGCACGAGCUUAUGAUAGCGCAUCCCACAUGCUCUCCGGCAAUACUUUCUUUCGUAACUUGUUGUUAACGAAUGUCACUAUUCAUGAGCCAUCUUUUCAGAGCUUGUACUCCAAUGAAGUCAUCUUUAAUAUGAUUAGGGAUGGCUCCUACGAACCAAAUUAUAUCCAUUUCCUUUCCAAAAAUUGCCCCAACUUCCACUAUUGUGAAUCUGUAGUAAUGCCUACUCUCUUGGAUGUCAAAAAAGGGUUCAUUUUUAAGGAAAUGUUUCAUAAAGAGUUGCUUUUGAUUGAUGUUGAGAUUCAGAAUUUAUUUAUUUUACCUCAUCAAGCUAUUUCUUGCUUUGAGUCAUUUAACUCCAACACAGGCCCAAUAUGGAUAGAAUUUAAAGACAGGACGAACCAAUCAUGGAAGUUUAAAUUAUGUUUCGUCCAUACUCCUCCGCAAUACAUGUUCACUGAGGGUUGGAAUAAUUUUUUUAAAGAGAUGGAGCUUUGCGUUAAUGAUAUUGUCCUCUUCUAUCAAUACAAGGACCAACAAAAUUUUCCUCAUAGAUUUUCUUAUAUGAUUGAUGUCAUCCGGGGUGUCAGAAGUCCCAGGAUGCAGCGGCGGCGGCGUUGAGCCUCACUCAUGUGGAAGAUUGAAUGAUAUCUAGCAGUGAUUAUUCCUCUUCAAAAAUUUUGAAAUUUUUCUAAAAUCUCGUGUUUAGAGAAAGAUAGGUUUUAUUUGAAUGAAACUGAAGAUUUAAUUUUAUAGUGUAAUUAGUACCCAGUAAUAAAAAUCUUUAUGAUGCGUGCAAAGUUCGGACACAAUAGUUAUGAGAUGCUUCUUUUCUUCAAACAUUGAUUAUUCAUAAACAUUUUGGGGCUGCGAAUUAUU